UCCAGACGUAUUCUACGAAACGAUUCUUUAUUUGUUAAUAACUCUGUUCAAAAGAAGUCGUCGACAAAGCUGAGAUGCAUCCACUUUCAAGAUGUCGGACGGGCCGAGUGUUAAAUGCGAUUCAAAGAAAACCACCAAGUCGAAGUCAAAAACAAAGGAUUCAAAAGCUACAACUUCUAAAUUUGAAGCUACUACAAAUCAGAAAUAUCAGGACCAUCCUUGGCCUAACUUACGCAGGUGUGAAUUUGUCACAAAAGGUGGCAAACUACCAUCAACUGCCAUAGUCUUCGAUUCAACAUUCAAAAGCAAGUAUGGCAUUUUCUCAAACUCUUCCAUGCACGAGGUGACAAGUCUGGGUGGAACACGUACAAAAGUGCUGAACAGUAAGCUUAUUCCGUCCCUUGACCUCUUUAAGCGACAUUUUACUAAUGAAUUAAAAGUUUUUUUCAGUCUUACAAAGCGUUCUCGGGGGGUAACAAGCAUUGUCUUGAUGCCAUCAAGAAAUCAAAGACGGCAAAACAAGCGAGGGCGAUUGGUGACUAGAUCGAACCGUUCGAUGAAGAGCAAUGGGCACAAAUGGAUAUAGGCUGUGCAACGGGGC